AUGCCAGCCUCAUUCCAAGACAUUCUCAAUUCCCGACUCUUCAAAUUCGUUGUGGGCGAAAAGGUCGAUGGCCAUGCAACAGAAUUCUUCGUGCACGAGGAGGCUAUUGUUCAGCUUUCGAACCCGUUGGAGGCGCUGAUGAGAGGAGGGAUGACGGAGUCUCGAGCUGCAUGUACGGUAUGGGAUGAUGUGAGUAAGGAGACGUUUGAGCGAUUCGUGCAGUUUGCGUACACAGGGGAUUAUACGCUGCCUGCGCCUAAGAUGAGGGAAUGGAACAGAUCUGAUAAUUGUGAAGAGUUGGAGUUGACCUCUAAGAAGGAAAAGAAGAAGAAAAAGCUAAAUGAUCAGGUAAAAUCAGCAUUGACAGUGGCGCUGGCAUCAUCGAAACUGGAUGCAAAGGUGGAAGAAUUCUUGUCUCCUCAACGAGUUAGAUAUCCAGAACUUACUCUUUUCAAAUUUUCAGUCGACUUCGAAUGCCUCACUUUUCCACUACUCGCCUCGCGCAAUAAUUACGACCACACCUGCGAACCUAGAGGAUGGGUUGACUCAGGGAAAAAUUAUUCCAAUGUAUUCAUCGGCCAUGCCGCACUAUACAUUCUGGGGGAUUUCCGACUUAUUGACACGUUGAAAGCACUGGCUCUGUACAAGCUCCACAAAACAUUAUGUGCAUUCGAGCUUAACAGCGAAACUUUCCAUGAUGUGAUCCAUCUCGUGAGAUAUGUAUACGCAGAAGAAGGCGGAGAAGAGGGAUGUGGUGAUGAGAUUGGAGCAUUGAGAAGUCUAGUGUGUCAUUAUAUGGCUAUGCACGCUCAUGAUUUGUCAUGUGAAAAUAAGUUCAUGGAGCUAUUAGGGGAGGGCGGCCAGUUUGUGAAGGAUUUCUUUGAGUUUGAGGUGCAGAGAAAAAGGUAG